AUACCAAGAAAGACCAAUUAACUAACUAACUAUUUUACUUUACGUGCUCCGUCCGUUUUCUCAGUUUCCUUUCGUAGUAGUGGUAUUAGUUGUGCGAGUGAACUUUUUACAUAUUCCAUUACACAACAACACAACAGGUUAAUAAAUGUGGAUGUACUUUAUACUUGCAGACAAAAAAGUUGCCUCUUACUGACACGGCAGAGGAGCAGCAUAGUAGCAAAACCACGGAGUAUUCCAUUACACAUAUUGUGACUUGGUUCUUAAUAACACGACGACCUUCUUUCUCGUUCCUUCUUCCCAUGCUAAAUAAUCACAUUUUAUUUUAUUCCACUAACUAACUGCUGCUGCUGCUGUUGAGGCUAAAGUUAAUACACAAAUAAUAAUAAUAAUAGGAAUAAUUAGUACUUACAAUUAUUUAUUGGGACUUGUUUAGUCAGUCGCAAACGGCACGGACAAGGACAAAUAUAUUAAAAAAGCUACACAUACUCUGUUUUUUUAGUCCACCCACACAAAAUUUGACAACUUCGUGUUGACUGAGAGGUGUCAAUAUUUAAUUAUUUUAAAUACGACUUGACCGACCUGCCCAUCGUGGUGGUGAAGUCGUCCUGGGAGGAGGGCAGAUGUGUGAAAGUGUUUAAAAAUUAUCUGUCAGCAGACCAAACCACCGAGAUUUUGGGUGUGGUUUAGCCAGUAACGAUGGCGCAUUGUUGUCGAUUAGCUAGACCGUCGACACUUCUUGUGCUUGUGUCCCUGCUUCUGAACGGGCGUGGUUUUGCGGUUGGACAACAGCAGACGUCAUCGCCGGGGAGAAGUAACGGUGGUGCGGGUAACGGGAAUGGUGGUGGGGCGGCCGGAAGUAGUAAUGGCAACGGAGCGGCAGGUGAGGAUAGCGAUCUGUGUCAUGGCGAGAAAUGGUGUUCAUCCCUGGAUGAGACGGAAGCACUAGCGUUGGACGCGAUACGGUCAUUGCAUCGUCAGUUGGACGAUGAUAAAAAUGGGAACAUUGACUUAACCGAGUCAAACGAGUUCCUCCGAGAAGAACUGAAAUAUGAGAAAAACAUUGAAAACAGACAAAAGGCCUUUCACCGUGAAGAUACUCAAGUUUCCGUUCAAGAAUUGUGGGAAAGUUGGAUAAAAUCCGAAGUUCACAAUUGGACCGUUCAACAGACGGUUGAAUGGUUGAUUACUUUCGUUGGGCUGCCACAACAUCAAGAAAAAUUUAAUGCCCGAAAAAUUAAUGGGACCGUGUUGCCUAUCCUUGCCGUAAACUACAACAAUUUUCUACAAGCUCAAUUAGGUGUGAAAGACUCAAUUACGAGACAACGAAUCGCAGUGAAAGCAAUGGAUGUGGUUCUUUUCGGUCCUCCGAGAGAUACCACAAACCGUGUAAAAGACGCUAUUUUAACGACACUCCUCGCCGCCGCAGUGAUUGCGUGUUAUCUCGUUUAUAAGAGGUACCAAUGGGCACAGGACGACUUGACCAAAAUGUCUAAACAUAUGGCUGAGCUGUCAAAAGCGGAAGAAACAUUGGCCGAUCUUCAGAGAGAACUGGAGAAGGCAAAAACCAUUCAAGAAAAGAAAGACUCUGUUCCAGAAGGAGGUGCCUCCAAUAUUCUGGGUGACGAUCCAGAUGAAUUGUCAAAGCUUCGAGAAGAAAACAUGGUUUUGCGCAGUGAACUGCAUCGAGCUGAGGUUGAAUUGCAAGACAAGUGUUGGGUCCCACCACCCGCGCUGCAACAUUGGUUGCAGUACACGUACGAGUUGGAAUUAAAGACAUACAACAAGAAGAAAACUGGAGCCGAGAAGCAGCUCAAACAAGCGAAGGAAGCGUGUGACAAGUUGAAAAAGAAGAGGUCCAGCCUUAUGGGAGCCUUUGUAACGACUCACGGUCGAUCGAUAGAUGACGUAGAUAAAGCGAUACUAGAAGCUCGGACGUCAUUGACUGAAAUCACGCACGAAUUACAAGAACGAAUGCAUCGCUGGAAGCAGAUAGAGCUACUAAUUGGUUGUUCCGUAAUGAAUAAUCCGGGAAUCCAGUACUUGGAGAGUUUGUUAAAAGUGUAUGGGAAACCGCAAUAUGCUGCUGGACCCGGAUCUGUGAUAAGCAAUAGUCAAGAUGAUAUCGACGAUGAUGGAGCGAGCUCUAUAUAUUGCCCGUCUGCAGUUCACAAGCUUGUCGGCUCUUCGACCUACAUGAUGUUUCCGGGUCAUCAAAACUUUUCAUAUUAUCUGUCGGGUUCAACACAUGUGUAUAGUUUCCACCCCUCAUCGUCUCCUCAUUCCGAUUAUACUGCCUGUAUGGGAAAUUAUGGGCCUUGUUUUUGUACCGUGCCCCAAGGGGGUGGAAGUAGCAAGUCUUCGGAUGGUAAUAGUGUGGGGAUGGGGAUAGGAAUGAAUCAAAAUGGUGGCGACUUGUUGACCUCAAUCACUGAAGAGGAUUCAGUGUCCGGACCAACAAGUCACUCUCUGCAGUUGUCCAUGGCCCGGUCGAAAUCCGCCUCGAGCAUGUUGUCCCUGCGGGAAAGGUCUCUGCUGAGUCGGGAGUCGUCCUCCAAGGACUCGUCGAACGGGGAGGACGACAACAUCGUCGGCGACCCGUCCGACAUCAGCAACGCGCGGCGAGUCACGUUCCGUGCAGAUCACAGGAGUAGGAUGAAAGCGUAUGCGAAUGGGCGAGCCGGGACUGGAUCUCUAUUUGACUCGAUGGACAAUGAAGAGGCUCGACGCGUCGUGUCCAAAGCUUUGUCUCAAACGCACAGUCUGGAGAGUAUCUCGUCUGCCACGAAAGUACCAGAGGAAGGACCCCUCCAAGACAAGGACAAUAAUAGCACCACCCAAGAAAGUGGAUCCGACUCUGAAAAUAUACUAAGUUCCGACGGGACGAUUAUUAUUCCGAAUGCUGACGCCCAACAUGAAGUUCUUCACUCUCCACCUACACCACCACCACCGACGACUGCACAAUUCAUCAAGAAUGAUAAACAAAAGACAACCACGCUCGACCUCGCAAACUUCACCACGAUCACCGCCAUCAACGGGUCUCAACACAAGCUCGGCCCCAACAACAAUUCCGGCGGCGUCCCGUUGGCCGCCACUUUUCUCCAGUAUUCCCAAAACGGUGGUGGCGGAGGUGGGCGACCCUCCACGAAAGGAAAGGGGUCCAAGUUAUGGUCCACCUUUUCCAAACUUGUCCACCCCACGGGGAAAGUAGCAACGGAGGAAAGUGUUAAGAAGAAAUAUGACAGCAAUAAGUUCCUAUUCAAGAAGGAUAAAGACAUUAAUGGCGAUAUUGUCGCCAUGAAGUCAGCCUCUUUAGCCAGCACGGUCUCUCUCACGUCGACAAAGCGGAAACGAUUCUCGGGCAUGUUUUCCUCCCUGCGGAGGCAGAAGGAGGACACGAAUCACUUGAAUCAUCAACAACCCAUGGUGGAGACUUGACGGUGAUGGUGGAUAAAAUGUUUAUUUCCAUUCCGUGGAAAAAUUAUCUCGUAAUGAUAGAUAACCAAUCAGCAAGCUACGUUAAUUUAUCCUAUCUUGAAUGUCAGAAUGUCAACUGAGAAUGGAGGUCUCGCAUCUUAUGCGAUUCGAUUUUGGGCAAAUUAGUCUCAAUUGAUCCCAAAUUUAAUUAGUAUGAAAUUUGUAAACGACACGAACUCCCAACGGCCACGUUUGGCGGAUAUAUUUUCAUCUGAAGAGGAGAAAAUGCAUAGUAAAUCUAGAAAGUGUAAAAUUUGUCAAAUUUAUGGCGUGUUUCUCCUCCUAGUAUGCAAAUAUCUCUGCUAAACCUUUUCGCAUUGGGAGGUUGUGUCUGUUGCAAAUUUUAUAUUACUUAAAUUCGUGAUCUAUUGACACUAAUUUGCUCAAAAUCAGAGAACAUACGCUGGAAGACCUCCAUUCUGAGACGCAUUCACAGCAAAGGUCAAGCAGGUCACUAUUAAGAUUAUAGAUGCCACAGCAUCGCACCACCGCCACGAUCCUAUGCAUGCAUACACAUUUUAAUUUCAUGACUAUAUUGAAUUGCAUAACAUAUUAGUUAUUAUUAUAUUUACCUCAGAAAGACUUAUAUCUCGAUCGAUCUGCAUGAAACGCCGUGUAUUAUUAUUCCAUUUUAUUUUAUUUUAAUUAAUUUAAUUCAAGAAACUCGCAAUCUCAAUCUCAGCAACAAUGGUACUAUUAAUAAUUAUCAUCUCAAUUUUAAUAUCAUGGACUGGACUGGUUUUCUACGGUUUUAUGCAUUAAUUUAUUUAAUUUCUCACGUAUGUAUUUAGUCAGAUCAUAAUUAAGGUCACCUGCUAAACUUAUAUGCAAUUAAUGAAGACAUCAAAUCUCGUAAAGUUAGAAGUGCAAGUAGAAUGUAGAAUUUCAUUAAUUUAACUACAGUACAUUAGAUCUGGAAAUCACUUAUCUGGCCGAACAUGUAUUAACCCGUGAAAAUGAAGGAAGAAGAACAAUAACAAGGAUCAGACAUUCAUAAUAAUAAAUUCAUAUAAUAAUUCUCUGGCAGGUUCAGAUUAGGAAUAUUUAGAAAAGUAGAACUACAUAAAUGAGUAAAAAAUGAUUGUAGGAUAAUAAAGUUAGUCUAAAAAAAAGUGAAAAUCAAGAACUGAUAAUAACACGAAAAAUACUUGGAAAACUUAUCAUCAUCACUACGACUUUAGUCAAUCUCUGUCUGAUGGAUGGACUGACAUAAUUAGUGUACUUUGUCAUGACAUGACAUGAAUAACUACUACUGUUUAAUUAAAUAUUGUGUCCAGUAAAGCUAUGCAUAACUAAAUAAUUAGUAUUAUGAUUCCGACUCAUUGUUUGUGGCCUAUAUAUCGAUAUCUAAAAGUGCAGGAAGGACUCAAUAAUGAAUAAUGCCUGAAUUUUAAUUAAUCGUGAAUUGUACUGUGUAUGUACUCGAUUUUUAAAGGAUUCUCUGAUUGAUACUUGGUAAAAGUUUGUACCGUGUAAGAAGUGUGCGUACUUAUUAUUUUAUCAUUUUUAAAAGUGUCCCUCAUUAAUUAUGUCGAAAUUGUUUAUUUUGAUUGAGUAAAACAAGACUCGUUUAAAAUUCAAUUUAAAACUAUUUUAUAGAAAAACUGUUUAAUAACUUUAAUUAAGAACGGUUAAUUAACAAUUUAAUAAAAAUUCUGCAAAUUAA